AGUUCAAUAUUUAUCUUAUAUGAUAUUGAGUUUCCGUCUUCCGGUGAUUCCAUUCACCGAAACAACUUAGAUAUCCUCAAUUAGAAGUUUGAAAAAAAGAAGUUGUUCUGUAUCGAAGUGGGAUGGAAGUUCGAGGAGAAGCAACGAAGAGAUCAUAUGCUAUAUCAAGUGGCAAUAAUUCAGAUUGUGUGGUUGUCAAGAAAAAGAGGAAAAAUAAGAAGAGCUCAUCGAACAAUGAUUUGGAUAAAAACGCUGUCCAACAACUCCACGAGUUAGACCCUACCAUAAAGUAUGCGCUUUCUCAGGCUGAAGGGCCAAGUCACGCUCCUACUUUCGUCAUCCAGCUCGAAUUCAGAGGACAUUUAUACAAGGGUCUUGGUAAGAGUAAAAAGGAUGCAAAACACCAAGCAGCUGAAAUGGCACUUCGUAGCAUUAAAAUGUCAAACAACCUUAAACAACUAUCUGUCCAGAAAAACUCUCCAACUGCUGAAACUGGUCCAACUGAGACCAAACAGCAACCAGCCAAAAAGAAAAGCCAUACUUAUGAGGGAAAGAACCCUAUUCAGAUAUUAAAUGAAAUUCGCAGUGAUGUUCAGUAUACCUGGACAAAUGAGAAACAAGGUGCACAGAAUACAUUUAUCGUUAAUGCACAAGUUGAUGAUGUAACAUUUACGGGUGAAGCUCAUAAUAAAAAAUUAGCAAAGUCAAGAGCCGCUCAGUCUAUACUAACAACCAUGUACGGCUUGGAAUUCGAACUUGCUGCCUCUGGAACGGAACACGCCAUCUGCAAAUCAAAGUCUAUAAUAUCGGCAGCGAAACAUGCCAAUGGGGCUGUUAGUAACUUAGCGGAUAAAAUUUCCUAUAUGAUCAAUUCUAAAUUUGCGGAUUUAACGGAUAAAGAGGGAAAGAGAAAAGUUUUAGCUGGAGUGAUAAUGAGUAGGAAGUUGGAGAAUGAAGAACAGAUAUUUGAUGUUGUCUCUGUGACAACUGGAAAUAAAUGCUUAGGCGGCCUUCAUCUUUCGAAGACUGGAAAAGCGUUACACGAUUGCCAUGCCGAAAUUCUUGCUAUAAGAACGUUGAGGGGAUUUUUCUGGAAGCGUUUAACGCUACUGAAAAAUGGUAGUUCGGAUAAAUACGACGUAUUAGAGCCAGAUGGCGAUUCAGGAAUGUUUAGAUUGAAAGAAAAUGUUGAAUUUCACCUUUAUAUAUCGACAUCUCCGUGCGGAGAUGCAAGAAUAUUUGCUCCAUAUGAAUCUGAAGGGGAGGAAGAUCGCCAUCCAAAUAGACAAAGCCGCAAAUUGCUUCGAAGUAAAAUUGAAAAUGGGGAAGGAACAAUCCCGGUAAAAGUCGGCACAAUACAAACAUGGGAUGGUGUUAUGGUUGGAAGCAGGCUUUUGACUAUGAGCUGUUCGGAUAAACUAAUGAAGGCUAUUGUCUUGGGCAUACAAGGCGCUUUAUUGACUUACUUUAUUAGGCCGGUAUAUCUUCAAUCUAUAACAAUUGGGUCAAUGUUUCAUGCAGAACAUAUGGCAAGAGCUAUGUACGGUCGUUUGCCACCUUUAGGAAAUUUACCAAAACCGUUUAGAAUAGUCAAACCAAUUGUAUCAGGAGUUACUUCACCCGAAGUUCGAAAAACAACCGAGUCGCCACAAAAAGCAAUGGUUUGGUGUGACGAUGAAUUACCAAUGGAAACUAUAACAUGUUUAUCUGGCAAAUUUCCAGACGGUACCCAAUCAAAACUAUGCAAAAGAGCCAUGUUUUCCUAUUGCCAAUCAAUUUGGGGAUUAGGAAACACAGCUAAUCUAAUUCUUCCAGAAUUAUAUGUAGAUGCAAAGAAACAUGCAAAAGAAUUUCAAUUAGCAAAGAAAAUAUUAAUGGAUGAAUUAAAGAAUAAUAACGUUGGUGUCUGGGCGGAAAAACCCGUUGAAACUCAACAGUUUCAAUUAUGA